AUGGAUCAAGCUGUUUCUGUUUGUGUUGAGACUGCUGGAGGUACUUCUUGGAUUUUUACUGCCGUGUAUGGGCACCCUUGCCCGUCUAAGAGAUCUUAUCUUUGGCAAAACUUAUCUAUUAUUGCUGCUUCUUGGAAUCUUCCUUGGGUUGUCUGUGGGGAUUUUAAUGAUAUCUUGUUUGAGGAUGAAAAACUUGGAAAAUUAUCUGGUAAAAGUAGAGGGUUCAAGGACUGGUUUGAUCAGCAUGGGCUUAUCGACUUGGGUUUUUUGGGACCCAAGUUUACUUGGGUUAAUAAGAGAGUUGGUGGUGAUUUUGUGAUGAAGAGAUUGGAUAGGGCUAUUUGUAACAAGGAGUGGAGGGUUUUAUUUCCUGAAGCUUUCAUGAGGCAUCUGCCUAGAAGAUGUUAUGAUCAUAGUCCUCUUUUGAUUAGCCUUAUUUCUGAUAAGAUUCCUUCUUCUGAGCUUAAACCUUUUAGAUUUGAGGCAAUGUGGCUUAAACAUUGCUUAUUUCCUAAGUUCAUCAAAGCGGAGUGGAAGAAUUUGGAAGGUUCAGUUUCUAAUAAAUUGGAUAAUUUGAUUCCCCUACUUCGGGAGUGGAAUACUCAAGUCUUUGGUCAAAUUUUUCAAAAGAAAAAGAGAAUUCUUGCUAGGCUUCAAGGUAUUCAAAGGUCUCUUUGUAAGGGUUUUUCCCCUUUUUUGAGCAAUCUUGAGAAGCAUCUGCAGCAGGAGUUUGAGGAUUUAUUGGAUCAGGAGGAUGUGUUUUGGAAACAAAAAUCUCGAGUUUCGUGGCUGCAGGGUGGGGAUGGAAAUACCAAGUUCUUUCACAUUACGACCCUUGUCAGAAGGAGAAGGAAUAGGAUUGAAAGGCUUAAAGAUAUUAAUGGGGAUUGGAUCUCUAGUAAAGAAGGUUUGAAAACGCUUGCUAUUGAGUAUUUUCAUGGGCUUUUUUUGGAUGAUGUUGUUGAUAUCAUUCGUAGUCCUUUGCCUUCUCUUUUUCCUCAUAUUCCUGAGGCUGAUUUGGCUGCUGUCAGUAAGGAGGUGACUGAAAAGGAGGUGCAGGAUGCUCUCUUUGCUAUUGGUCCCUACAAGGCCCCUGGUUCCGAUGGAUAUUCUGCUAUCUUUUUCCAUAAUUGUUGGUCUCUUUGUAGGAAAGACAUUGAAGUUUUGGUGUUUAAGUGUUUCUCUAGUGGUUCCGUUCCAGAGUAUCUGAACAGUACUCUUGUUACUUUGGUUCCUAAAAUCACUAAUCCUCAGAGUAUGCUGCAGUUCCGGCCAAUUAGUCUUUGUAACACUUUAUACAAAGUUGUUUCUAAGAUCAUUGUUGGAAGGCUCAGACCUCUUAUGUGUAAGCUUGUUAGCCCUAAUCAAGUUAGCUUUGUUCCUGGACGGCAAAUUUCAGAUAAUAUUUUCAUUGCCCAAGAGGUUUUGCAUAGAUUCUAUAGAGCAAGAGGUAAAACCGGGUAUAUAGCUUGGAAAAUUGACCUCUCUAAGGCUUAUGACAAAUUGAGAUGGUCUUUUAUUGAGCAAACGCUUGAAGAAAUUGGUAUUGGGGAAACUUCUCUUCAACUUAUAAUGAGUUGUGUCAAGAAUGUCUCCUACAGAGUAAUCAUGAAUGGGGAGCUUACUGAGAGUUUCAAACCUCAAAGAGGUGUUAGACAGGGUGACCCUCUUUCCCCUUACCUUUUUGUUUUAUGUAUGGAAAAGCUUAGUCACAUCAUUGCUGCUAGGGUGUUAAAGAAGGAGUGGAAAGCUGUUAGGGCAGCGAGGUCUGGUCCUUUAAUCUCGCAUCUAUUCUUUGCAGAUGACUUGAUUCUUUUUGGUGAGGCUUCUAUUCAGCAAGCUAUGGUUAUGAAAAAUUCUCUUGAGGAGUUUUGUGAGCUCUCUGGGCAGCAAGUGAACUUUGAGAAAUCUUUGUUGUACAUAUCUGCUAAUACUAAGCCUGAUCUUGUUGAUCAAAUUGAGCAAACUUGUGGUGUCACCAGAUCCACUGAUAUGGGGAAUUAUCUAGGAGUUCCCCUUGUCCAAGGGAGGGUUACCAAGGCUACGUAUAAGGGGGUUCUGGUUAAAGUUCAGGCUAAACUUUCUGCUUGGAAAAGUCAGUUGCUUUCUAUGGUUGGUAGAAUAACUUUAAUCCAGUCUGUUGUUUCUUCUAUUCCACUAUAUACUAUGCAGACGGCUAAGCUUCCUCAAGCUCUUUGUGAAGAUCUUGACAAGUCUUCUAAAAGUUUUCUUUGGGGAAGUAGUGAGAACCAUCAUAAAACUCAUUUAGUUAAAUGGGAUACAGUUUGUUUGCCUAAACGUUUAGGAGGUUUGGGUAUUAAAAAAGCUGCUCUUAUGAAUCAAGCUAUGCUAUCUAAAGCUAGUUGGAGAAUUGUGGCUGGGGACUCAGGUCUUUGGGCUGCGAUGCUCAGGAAAAACUCUUGGAAAGGGUUAAUCUAUGGAGCUGCCAUCUUGAAUAAUGGGCUGAAGUGGAGAGUGGGAGAUGGCACUAGAGUCAAAUUCUGGACUGAUACAUGGAUUGGUGAUGUUCCGUUGAUAGAUACUAAGUUUCCCUUAUCUGAUCAGUUGGACAAAUCUGAAACUGUGUCUAAUUAUUUUUCUAGGACUGGUUGGAAUAUUAAUAAGCUCCUGCAGGUUCUUCUUCCUGAAGCCGUUAUGCGGAUUGUUAGUAUUCAUGUUGAUAUUGAAGGGAAUUUACCUGAUACUUGUAUUUGGGGUCCCACUUCAAAUGGAGUUUUUUCUGUCAAGACUGCUUAUGAGUUAUCUGCUAGGUUUAAUGAUGUCCCUGGUUCUCCUUGGAAUUUCAUUUGGAAUUUGAAGAUCCCUCCUCGUGUUAAAAUGUUCACUUGGCUUCUCACUCAAAAAAAGAUCUUAACUAAUGUGCAGAGAGUUAGAAGGCAUCUAUCUAGAGACCCUUCCUGUCCUCUCUGUCAUUAUCAUGAGGAGUCUUUGCAGCAUCUCUUUAUUUCCUGUCCUCGUGUUAUUGCGCUUUGGAGAUCCUUCUAUUUACCUGAAGGAUUGCUCAAUUUCUUUUCCUCUGAUUUUGAUAGUUGGUUGAAGGAAAAUUUGUGUUAUAAUGCUGGGCAUUUAAGGAAUUUGAAGUGGUGUAGUGUUUUUGAUGUUGCUUGCUGGUUCAUUUGGAAAUGGAGGUGUUGUUCUAUCUUUGAGCCUCAGUUCCAAAUGCCUUGUCGUCCUAAGCAGAGUAUUGUUGAGUAUCUUCUGGAAUGGGAUAAGGCUAAUAAUCUUUUAAAGAAGGCUACCUCUCAAACUCAGAUGUUCCUUGCUUGGCAGCCUCCUCCUUGUGGCUUCUCUAAGCUUAAUAUUGAUGGUUCUAGAGUGAGUGCCUCUAGGUGCAUUGCUGCAGGAGUCUUGGUGGCUGAAGCUUGGGCUUUAUAUUAUGGUCUUAAUCUUGCUUGGCAGAUGGGUUUGCGCCAGAUAACUAUUAAUUCUGAUUCUGCCCUCGUUGUUGAUAUGAUUAAUGGAGAAUGGGUGGACUCUCAUCCUAUGUCUGUGUUGCUUACCAAGUGCAGAGAGCUUUUGAAAAGCCAGUGGAAUUGCAGCAUUCUCCAUGUCUAUAGGGAGACCAAUUUUGCUGCUGAUUUUCUAGCUAAGAUGGAUCAUCAUAAGGAGUUGGGUUACCAUGAGCUCUCUUCUCCCCCUGAUCUGAUGCAGCCUAUUUUAGAUGCUGAUAAGAAUGGUCUCUUGAGACCUAGAUUUGUUUAUGUGUAA